UAAGCACGAUGUCAGUCAUCUCAAACGUCAGUUAGUGAAACGUGAUUGAUAGCGUCUAAUCAACUCUACGCAAAAUCAUUGGGAUCUGUUCGUUCUUUGACUUCCUUCAAAAUGCAUCUGACUGUUUACUCGGUAAUCCUCCUCACUUUCUGCAUCUUGUCGUUCGGGUACAAACUGAAUGACAAUUACGUCGAAGUACACGAUAUCGAGAAUAACGCGAUAUCGCAGCAGUUACCACCCGAAGAGCCAGCGAAUCAUUCGUUUCCAACGGUGCCUACGGCUCCAUUGAUUCCGAAGUGCGCAGAAGAAGGGUACUUCAGAGAUCCCUUCAACUGCAGGAAGUUUUAUUACUGCCAGUACGAGAACGCGAUCCCAACUGGUUAUUAUUGCCAGCCAGGAUUAAUAUUCAACACGCUCACCGAUUCCUGUGACGAUCCUGCUUACGUGAACUGUUAACUUUAUGUUCUGCUCGAAAAAUGUUGAACAUUAUUUAUUGAAAUGCGAAUAAAAUCGUCAAGAGGAAGCUGAGAUGAAAUUGAACACAUGACAGAUACAAUGAAUCAUGAUUUUAUUUGUUAUAUAAUAAUAUCUACAAUAAAAAUACCACAUCGUUUGAAAAACAAUUUUCGUUACAAUUAUACAGUGAUUUUAUAUAAUAAUAUAAUAUAUUUAGGUUUUUCAUUCCAAAUAAGAUGUAGCGAUGCGAUACACCUCGCAGUGGGAGUGAGAAAAUACAUUUUUUUUGUUGCAAAUUCCA